GAAGAAGGGGAGGAGGGGAGGAGCAGGAGCACUGAGUGGCUGUGCUGGGGACCUUUGGAAACUGAUGGUAAAAGCCAGAACACAGCCUGGCACUUCCCCUUUCUGCACAGUAAGGCUGAGGUGCUGGGGCCAGACUAGUUGUCUCUGGUGGGCCUGAAGCAAGCAUGGAUCAAGAGGCUGUGGGCAAUGUCGUGCUCUUGGCCCUUGUCACCCUUAUCAGCGUGGUCCAGAACGCAUUCUUCGCCCACAAGGUGGAGCAUGAAAGCAAGGCGCAUAACGGGAGAAGCUUCCAGAGGACCGGGACUCUUGCCUUCGAGCGGGUUUACACCGCCAACCAGAACUGCGUAGAUGCGUACCCCACUUUCCUUGUGGUACUCUGGACGGCAGGACUACUUUGCAGCCAAGUCCCUGCCGCCUUCGCUGGACUGAUGUACUUGUUGGUGAGGCAAAAGUACUUUGUCGGCUAUCUGGGGGAGAGAACUCAGAGUACCCCUGGCUAUAUCUUCGGUAAGCGGAUCAUCCUGUUCCUGUUCCUCAUGUCCUUCGCUGGGAUACUCAACCAUUACCUCAUCUUCUUCUUCGGAAGCGACUUUGAGAACUACAUCAAAACUGUAACCACAACGAUCUCCCCGCUGCUUCUCAUCCCCUGAUUAGUGGAUACCGAGAAGGACGAUCACCAGAUCAAUAGAGACGCAUCAUAACGCAACCCCGCGAAGGCUUCUACCCCUCUUCAGCUGUCGAUGCUGUAAAUCUAGUGGCCCUUGGGGCUCCGUGGCAUCCGUUAACUUUGCUUUUCCGGGAAGAAAAUAAUCUUGUGCUAGCUCCACCCCUUGGGUGUGGCAGUGGUCCAGGAUUUAUUGUCUAUGUCCAGCCUAUACUUCUCCUGGCUUUUUCUGCUUUCUGAAUGUGUCUUGUGAUCAGACAUGUGUUUUCCUAAAAUAAAGGGUAUAGAUAAAAUUUAAGCAGAUGGCUUGGUUUGGGGUGAUAUUUCUGUAUUAGCUACUAGUGUUUCUUCAACCUACAUGGUGAUAAUUAAAAUCACAAUUUCCAUACUAUGGACA